AUGUCCAGCGCUGGCACGCAAUUCGUCGACUUCACUCCUUUCUGCGACCCGGCCCUUCUCUAUGCUAUCAAGAAUAUGACAGAAAUCGGGCAGGUCCUCGAUUGGAUGCAUUCUCUCCCAGAGACACUCCCCCCAAGCUUCCCGGCAAGAUGGCUGCCGGUCUUCGGCGAAGUCCUCUUCCACCUGGACGUGGCGGACGUCGUACGCAUGCGAAGGGUAUGCAAGUCUAUAUACUACGCCUCGCAUACGCGCGCCCUGUGGGCCUAUCUUCUACGCAAAUCCGACCCCGCCUCCCUCCCGCCACUCCCUCCCGUGAGCGAAAUCGGCCCCUUGGAGCAAGGGGUGCCGGCGUCUCUCAGCGCACUCGCCAUCGAGCGCAUCGUCGUUCGCGGUGCCUCGCUGCGCGCGAACUUCGCGUGCCCGCACCCGCGCCCCUUCCGCAUAUGGGCGCAGGAGACCUUCGCAUACGUUCAAGACGUUUUUCUCUUACCUGGAAGCGAUCAUCUCGUCGCCAUACAGCAGGACAUGACGACGAAGGUUUCCAGUAUGGUGCUGUACAAGCUCGAUUGCGCUCACGACGCGGAGGCGAUGGUGGCAGUCCCUUUGUCGGGUCAGCCAGUUAUUGGGACGCUUCAAGCGAAGUAUAUGACUGUCAACGGAGUACUUGGUCUCACUGUCGCUUGCAUACAAAAGAUACACGACACAACUUGUGGUCUCGUGGAAUACGAAUGUCGCGCGGCGCAUCUUUGCCCAGAGACCAUGGAGCAACUGGCAACAGUCUACCCGCCGGACUCGCCUCGGUAUCUGUGGCUUUCGGAGACGUUGCCGGCCGCCUGCACGUCGAUCGCGAUGCCUGUUCCUUCGAGAGCGCCGUCUCGCGCGCUCACGCUGGGGAUGAUCGCCAACACGCCAUGCGUCGCUUUCGCGCGAGAGACCGGGCCAUGUAGGAACGAAAUAUGGAUUCAGAGCCUGGAGGGCGGGUGCGGAGCGAUGAUGCAAGUCGCACCGACAGUCGUUGAAGAUCCUCAAUACGCGAACGCGGAGUGGCGCAUCAGGUCGCUUAGGAUACUGCCAGAGCAGCAGAGCGUGCUCGCGAUUUCGCAUUACGUCGUUCCAUCGCUCUACGAUACCAUGUUCGCGCCGAUCCCACUCAGCCACAGGAUAGACGUCUUCCCUGUGAGCCUGCCCGGAGUAGCGCAUGUCGCUCCAUCCAGCAGCAACCCCGGCGCGCGCAUCCACCACCUCGCAUCUAGCGCGCACGAGGUCCGCGUCACAGACCCGGCACUCCCCGUUCCUGCGCAAAAUUCCAUCUACGCCGCCGCCGGCCUCGCACACGACACUUGCGCCCCGAUCAUGGACAUCUUCGUGCACUCGAUAUUCGAGAAGCGCACCACAGACGCGUCCGCGGUCCCGCUCCCCACAGCCGGGCCCGCAGUGUCCUAUACCCCCGAACUCGACGCCAAUUGCCUCGGCAUCACCCCCGAUAACGUGCGCAUCCUGCCCGGGGCGCGGAACCCGCUGCUGUACAAGGUCGCGCAGGGAAAGCUGGACAUGCUGCCCGUGGAGGCGGAUGUGGCACCUGGGGAGCGCAUGGAGGGCCUCCAUGCGCUGCGCGGGGACGUCACCACGGUCGAGGUACAGGGCGUGGUCGAGCGCUUGGGGUGGAAUGGUGGGGACACGACGGUGGGCGCGGUCGCGUGGGACGACACGGUCGGGCGGCUCGUCAUCGCUCACCCGGAGCGGACGUCGUUCAAGGUUUUCGACUUUGCGAAAAUUCCGAAGCUUGAUGCUCAUGGGGACCGCUGGCCGAUCCCCGUGGUGCGAAAUGAAUAGGCAGAUAAUGGAGCUUCAGGACAGUCGAGGAGGGUGUCUGCCGCCUGACGAGGUCAGCAAAUGCCAAAUCGUUCCAAAAUGCGCCAUCGUUAUGGUCGAUGGUCGGUUGGAGGGGUAUGGGGCACGGUGGGUGUGCUCAGCGAUGUUGAUAACGGUACAGUUUCGCGCGCGUAACUAUAAUACAUAAUCCGGCCAUUUGCUAAUCAUAAGUACACAAUAAUCAACUCUCC